AUGAGCUACCUGGAUGAAGUUCCCUUCCGGACGGCCAGGAGCCUUGACGGGGACUCAGGGGGAGAAAAGGCUUUAAUCACCACCCCGGCCAUCGAGCUGCCCGACUGCGCCGACAUCCUCAUGAGCACCGUGCCGGACUACGUGGAAAUGACGACUCUGUUCUGGGACUCGCCGAGCCCCAGGCGCCACCGGAGACUCCCGCGCCUGGUCCUGCCUCUGCCCAAGGUGGCAUCUCCCCCCUUGGUGGCUCCCGAGGCCCCGUGCUCAAGAGGAGCCUCGUCCGACACCGAGAGCGAGACCUGGCACUCGGAGGACGACGAGUACUCGGAGGAUGACGAGUACUCCUCGACGUCCUGGGAAGAGAACGACAAGGAUGAAAAGGUUUCCAGGAGGAGAAACAGUGGGAGAGGUGUGGCUCAGCAUCCCAGCUUUUACCUGACCCGACCAAAGACAUCGCCCGGUUUGCUGGAGCCCUCGGAGAACGGUGGCCCCAACCCAGCCAGCCCGGACCUGAGCAAGCAGAGAAGAUCCAUGGUGCUAUUUAACAACAUGAAGAACGAGCUGGAAGCGGCCAGGAGGAAGCUGGCUGCUUUGGUGCAUCCCUUGAACAGAGCCGCUUCGGAGAGCAGAGCGCUCCCGGUGCCGCAGCCGCUCCCCCCGCGCCCCCACACCGGCCGCAGCGUCAAGUACGGGCCAGCGCCGGACGUGUCCCGCCUGGGGACCUUGGUGCCGGCUCCUCCAGCCACGGCGGCGCCGAUCCCCCCGAUCAAACGGCAUAAGCCCACGGUGCCGUCCCUCAGCCCCUACGCCUGCCUCCCCCCUGCCUCCGCGCCUGCGCGGCCUCUCAGUUCCCACAGAUCCCAGCCGGACUCGGCGGCUGACCUGCUCUCGGCGCUGAGCCAAGAGGAGCGAGACCUCAUCGAGCCCGUGAUAGCCUUGGGCUACCCCACCCGCAAAGCCAUCCUCACCCUUCAGAAGACUGGAAGGCAAAGCUUAAGUCAGUUCCUGAGCUACCUGGGUGCCUGCGACCGGCUGCUGAAGCAGGGCUACGAGGAAGGGCAGGUGGAGGAGGCCAUGGAAAUGUUCCAGUACUCGGAGAAGAAGGCAGCUGAAUUCUUGCAUUUGUUAGCUCAGUUUAACGAUAUGGGUUUCCAGCAAAAUGAAAUCAAAGAAGUUCUUUUGCUUUGUGGGAAUCAGAGGGAGAAGGCGCUGGAAGAGCUCGUGAUGAAAGCCCAGUGA